AUGGCCCAAGUCGCCUCACAACACCAACCUCACAGCUCACGCGCUUCGCCUGCUUCUGUCCACGAUCCCCGCGACGAUGCUCCAUUGCCAGCUGCUCCUCCGCCGCCGCCGAACAACCCCUCUGCGAACAAGAAGAGCAAGCCUAAAAAACCUGCUGCUGAUACAAAUGACGCACAUAAACAGCUGCAGGCUAAGAUUGCUCAGCUAGAACAGGAUGCUACAGGCAGGGCUGAAGAAGAUGCGGAAAUUGUCAAGAAGGCGAACAGGGACCUUCAAAAUCUCCUCCAAUCUAUGGAUGGCCCCAUAUCCAAAAUGGAAACGGUCCAACGAAAAUACUCGGAACUUCUGGCAGAGAUGAAGAGGACUGAACGAGAACACAUCAAAGCCAAGAAGCGAGGCGAUCAGUUGCAAAAGGACAAGGAUACCCAAAGAUCAGAGCUCACAAAGGCCAAUUCCAUGAAGGAGAAGCUGGAGAAGCUCAGUCGUGAAUUGACAAAGGAGAACAAGAAACUCAAGGUGCGCAACUGCUGGAUGCUCUAUGAAAAGUUCAAAUCCUUCGUCGAACAAUACGAGAUGCGCGAAAUCCAAUUCCACUCGCUCCUCCGAAGCAAGGAGCUCGAAAUCCAAUACCAUCUCGCACAACAAGAACGACUCCGCAAGCAACAAGAUGCAGAAUUGAACAAGUCGCAUCAGUUGACCCGUCAGGUCGAAGACACCCUUAACAACAGCAACGACCUGUUCCUGACCUUCCGCAAAGAGAUGGAAGAAAUGAGCAAAAAGUCCAAGCGUUUGGAAAAGGAAAACAUGCAAUUGACACGCAAGCAAGAGGCUACCAACAAAAACAUCUUCCAGAUGGCCGAGGAACGCACCCACUCACAGCAAACCAUCGAUCGCCUACACAAGGAGAACGAGAAGCUGAAGAAGCUCUGUCGCGCCAUGCAGACCAACGGUUACGGACGCGCAGAUAUGGUCAACGCCGCCCCCGGAGCGCCAAACCCAGCCCAUCACCCCGACGAAGAAGACGAAGAAGACGACCUUGCCGAGACAGAUUCCGAGUACGACGAAUAUGACGAGGAUGAGGAGGGCAGCGUCGAGGCUGAGUACGAUGACGAUACCGAGGACGAACAACAACCUCGCACAUACGGCCCAGUGCCACCACCCCCUCCACCACCGCCGACAGGCGAGCUGCCCCAGGGUGCGAAUGGCAGGUUCGACAAACUCCACAGCCAGUGA